AUGACUUCUCAGAGUAAAGGUCUAAAAACCACUGAGGAACUGGCUUUCCAUAUGCUACUGCUUUCCAAGGUUGGAAUUGGAAUUCUGGCCAACAUUCUUCUGUUUUUUCACAAUUUUUCUCCUAUCUUUACUGGCUCACAACUGAGGCCCACUCAGGUCAUUGUCACCAACUUGGCUGUGGCCAGUAUGUUCAUUCUCCUCAUCACUGCAUUUCCAAACAAGGUGAUGGUUUUUGUUCCCAGGAGUCCUCCAACUAACCUGCAAUGCAAAAUUGAGUUCUUCAUUCGUAUGGUGGCUCGAAGCACAAACAUGUGCUCCACCAGUGCCCUGAGCAUCCAUCAGUUUGUCACUCUUGUUCCUGGUCAUUGGGAUAGGCUGAUGCUCCAAGGAAGAACCCCUGAUGUCCUGAGUUAUUCUUGUUACUGUUAUUGGUUGUUCAAUGUUUUAAAUAACAUCCACAUUUUAAUAAAAGUCACUGGUCUACAUAGUGCAGGCAAUGACACUAACAAAAACAGCAGGUGGUUCUGCUGUUCCACAUCUGGAUUCACUGUAGGCAUGGUCUUGCAUUUUUCCCAUGAUGUCUCAUUCAUCAGCAUCAUGGUAUGGACCAGCGUCUCCAUGGUGCUGCUCCUCCAUAGACAUCACCAACAAACACAUCACAUCUUCUCUUCCAAUCAGAACCACAGAGGCCAUGCUGAGACCAGAGCAUCCCAAACUGUCCUGAUGCUGGUGGUCACCUUUGUAAGCUUUUAUGUUCUAGACUGUGUUUGCAGUUUGAUUCAGGUUUCUUUUGUGAACUCUUGUAUCUGGUGGAGGCAUGCAUAUAUGUGA